AUGGGUAUUAAAUUAUCACAACAUAGUAAACAUGAAAAUGAACCCCUUAGUCAAAAAACAAUAGAAGAACUUUGUGUAGACACUGGGUUUACAGAAGAAGAAUUGCUUAGAUUACACGCAAAUUUUUAUAAAGACUGUCCCAAUGGUAAAUUAACGCUGAAACAUUUUCAACAUGAAUAUUCAAAAAUAAUGGGAAAACUUGGACAAAAAACAUUGGAUUAUGUUAAGCAUAUGUUCAAUGUUUACGAUGAAGAUAAAAACCAAUUUAUAGAUUUUAGAGAAUUUGUCAUGGCACUAUCGGUUGCCUCUGGCGUCAAUGGUGUUCGUCUUGUUGAAACUCUUUUUUCUAUGUUUGACUUGAAUAAUGAUGGAAAAAUAACAAAAGAUGAAAUCGGCAAAAUGCUACAUACACUUGUUGCUGUAACGGAUUCAGAUAGAAAAAAUGAGGCUGAUAAUUCAAAUGAACGUCAUAUGAAUAAACGAGCACAGUUACAAAAAAGUAUCGAUGAGGCAUUUCAUGAAUUAAAUUUAAAUAGUGACGAUUUUAUAACAAAAAAUGAAUUUCUUGAGUGGUACAGCCAUUCUGGUCUUUUAUCUAAUAUUCAAUCUUAUGAUGCAAAUACUCAUCAUCAAGUCAAUUCUCGAGAACUUCAGGAAAAAUCUCCACGUAUUGAAAAACAAAAUGGUUUUAGGAAAAAAAACGGAAAAGAUAAACAUAAUUCGUCACAAGCAAUUUAUAUGUCACGUAUGAUUGAAAGGAAAUCACCGUCAAUUGCUGAUAACAAUGAUGAUUUUUUUGAAAGUUCAAUAGUUCAUCAAAAAGUAACUACCGAUGAUAAUGAUUCGCAUAAUUUACAAGAUAAUAAUCGAUGGAAUGGUUUAUUUAAUUCGAUAACGGAACGAAGUCAUGGGCAGAUUAUUGAAGAUGAACAACAAGAUUCAAAUUCAAACGAUUAUAAUCGAUUAAAUCAUUUGAAUCCAUCGCAACAACAAAAUAAUAGACACAAAUCAGAGGAACGUUCAUCAUCUCCUGAUAUUAUUACUACGCGGUUUUAG